UCAAAAGAUUUCCUUCUUCUCAUCCUUUAAAACUGUCUUAUACCAAAUCUCUCUCAUCCAUUCACUCACUCACUCGGUUCAAUUUGUUACUUUUAACUAUCUCGCCCACAUUGUUGCUUAUGUGAGAAAAUAUUCAAGCCAGUACUCUCUUCCUCCUUUUUAUCCCUUGUUGGAUAGCUUUGUCAGAGCUUUAAUGGAGGCUCAAAACCAAAACAAACAGAAACCCAAUUCAGAUCAAGUAGUCCUCUUCAUGGAUGAACCAAACUUGAAACACAAAGAAUCACCUCCUCAUGUAGAUACUCUUAACGUUACGGAUCCUGUCCCACAAGCCCCUGCAAAAACCAAAACUCUUCGCCGUCUAAAUUUUUCCAAACCAAGAGCUCGUUUUGCUGAAACUACCUUCCCUCUAACUCCCAAAACCAUCCCUGAAUCCGAAGAAAAUCAACCGUUAUACCCUCACGAGGACAUCUCGUCCACUGACUCCGAUGAUGAGUGGUUCGAAGACGAAGGAGAAGAUGAAGAAGGUAAUGAGGAUACUAAACAAGCCAAGUAUAGAAGAAGAAGGAAAACAAAGAUCAACAAAAGAGUCUUGAUUGAGUUCAUUCUGUUUGUCAUUAUCAUGACUUGCUUAAUCUGUUCUCUAACUCUACAGUCUCUCAAACAUCAUGUUACUUGGGGUUUAGAGCUAUGGAAAUGGUGUCUGAUGAUCAUGGUUUUGUUUUGUGGACGCUUGGUCUCAGUUUGGGUAGUGGGAUUCAUGGUUUUCCUCAUAGAAAGAAAUUUCAUGCUUCGUGAAAAGGUUUUAUAUUUCGUGUAUGGAUUACGGAAAACCUUUCAAAAUUGUGCUUGGUUAGGGUUAGUUCUUUUAUGUUGGAUGAUCAUGUUCCCUGAUAUUCACAAACAAAACAUUGUGGUAAAAAAAACUUUCCUUGGCCUCAUAGCUGUUCUCACGGGAGCCACAAUAUGGUUACUUAAAAUUGUCCUGGUCAAGGUUCUAGCUUCAUCUUUUCACGUAGCAACCUUCUUUGAUCGAAUGAAAGAGAGUGUUUUCCAUCACUAUAUCCUUGAAGCACUAUCAGGUCCUCCCUUGGACGAAGCUGAGAGGGAAUUGCCUCGAAAGCGAGGACUGAGGCACUCUAAAACUAUGCCUGCGAGGCUGAGGGAAGGCAGUGGACGCAUGGUGAGAACGGUGUCGAAGAAAGGGUCGAGAAGGAUUGAUAUGGAGAAGCUGAGGAAACUUAGCUUGGAAGGCAGAGCUACCGCAUGGAGCGUGAAGAGGCUGGUGAACUACGUUAUGUCAUCGGGGUUGUCGACGAUUUCCAGGAGGGUCGAUGAUUUUGGGGCUGGGGAGUCGGAGAUUAACAGUGAGUGGGAGGCUUGGACAUGUGCUCAGAGGAUCUUCAAGAAUGUAUCCAAACCUGGGGCCAAGUAUAUAGAAGAGGAAGAUCUAUUGAGGUUCUUGAAUAGUGAGGAAGUGCAUACCAUAUUUCCUUUGUUUGAAGGAGCCCUUGAGACUGGAAAGAUCUCAAAAUCUUCCUUCAGAAAUUGGGUGGUACAUGCUUAUGUGGAGCGCAAAGCAUUGGCUCAUUCCUUAAACGAUACCAAAACUGCAGUCCAACAGCUGCACAGAUUAGCAAGUGCAAUUGUUAUUGUGAUUAUAAUUGUGGUUUCCCUUCUUGUAAUGGGGGUUGCCACAAUUAAGGUUGUCUUUGUUGUUACAUCUCAGUUGCUGCUUGUAGGAUUCAUGUUCCAAAAUACCUGCAAAACCAUCUUUGAAUCCAUCAUUUUCGUGUUCGUUAUGCACCCUUUUGAUGUUGGUGAUCGUUGUGUCAUCGAUGGAGUUCAGAUGAUUGUGGAAGAGAUGAACAUUUUGACAACAGUUUUCUUAAGAUAUGACAUGGAGAAGAUAUAUUAUCCUAAUUCUGUUCUCAUUACAAAGCCUAUCAGCAAUUUCAGAAGAAGCCCUGACAUGGGAGACAGUGUUGAUUUCACCAUUGAUGUCUCAACUCCUGUUGAAGAUGUCAAUGCUCUCAAGAAAGCUAUACAAUUGUAUCUCGAGAGCAAGCCAAAAUAUUGGAGUCCAAAACACACUGUGAUAUUCAAGGAGAUUGAGAACAUGGACAAGAUGAAGGUGGGUCUUUUUGUUCAGCAUACCAUGAACCAUCAAAACUUUGGUGAAAAGAGUGCUCGUAGAUCAGAGCUUGUCUUUGAAUUGAAGAAGAUUUUUGAGGCUCUCAAUAUUAAGUAUCAUCUCCUGCCUCAAGAGGUUCAUCUCACGCAGGUGAAUAUGCCCAAUGGGAGAAUGGUGAUGUAAUAUUACUGAUAUGUAUCUAUUUUAUCAAGAUGCAAAAGAAAAUUUCCCCUAUACAUGUAAUGACUCAAGGUUUGUUGAUAUAAAG